UGCAGAAGGGCAACACUGUUCAAAGAAAAACAACUAUUCAGUAGAUCACAAGUGUUUUUACUUGCACUGGAAACAAAAUUAGAAAUUUUAGAAAAGUUUAAUAUUUGUUGUGCGAAGAUAAAAAGUUUUGGUCAACUAGAAUCUAGUGCAACCGGUGGUAUACAAAUUGCUUGUGUCUCAUUAAAAGAGCGAGAGUUUUCCAGAGAAAGCCCCAUUAACAAAAAUUUGCUUGUUAGACGUCUUAUCGCAUAAUGUCAAUGCCAAUGAGUAAUAUAAAUAAGGGCGGAUAUGUGCCACCGGGAUUUGGAGCUGGAUAUCCACCUGGAGGGAAUGACCCUAACGUGCCUAAAGUGGACGGUUAUCAACCGUCAGCACCGGGAGCAUAUGGUUUUGUGCCAGGACAGCCACAAAGCGGUUAUACGCCCGUACCACAAAUGCCGCCCUACGGUGAAGCUCCACCGAAUUACGGUGGUCAGCAAGUUCCAUAUGGCGGCGGCCAACAACCUCCUUAUGGUGGUCAACAGCCACCCUAUGGGGGUCAGCAACCACCUUAUGGCGGCAUGGUUCAACCACAGCCGCAAUAUAAUGGUGGAGGUGGCUUUCAACCAGGACCUGGUUAUGGGCCACAGGGGCCAAUAGUUACGCAACCAGGAAUGCCACCGCCAGCGCAGCCAAUGGGGCCACCUGGACAGCCAAUGGGACCAGCAGGCGACUGGAUGAGUAUACCCGCCGGCAUACCGAAUUGUCCACGCGGCUUGGAGUACCUUACGAUGGUCGACCAGCUUUUGGUUAAACAAAAAGUCGAAUUACUCGAAGCCUUCACCGGCUUCGAAACCAAUAAUAAAUUCUCAAUUAAAAAUGCGCUUGGUCAGAAAGUCUAUUACGCCGUAGAGGAUAACGAUUGCUGCACUCGUAAUAUGUGUGGGCCAGCACGUCCGUUUGAUAUGAAAGUUUUCGAUAAUUUCCGUAACGAAGUCAUCCAUAUGUAUCGUCCAUUAGCCUGUUCGGCAUGUUGCUUCCCCUGUUGCCUACAAACAAUGGAAGUGUCCGCACCACCGGGCAAUGUAAUUGGCAGUAUCGAGCAAGAAUGGUCCAUCUGUUCGCCUUCAUUUCGUAUUAAAAAUCACAUCGGCGAUACUGUGUUACGCAUUGAGGGUCCUAUUUGCACCUUCUCAAUGUGCGGUGAUGUAGAAUUUAAGGUGGUUUCUCUAACCGGUGAGUCUGUGGGGAAGAUCUCAAAACAAUGGUCUGGUUUAGCACGCGAAAUAUUCACCGAUGCCGAUUUCUUCGGUAUUACCUUUCCGAUGGACUUGGAUGUGCGCAUGAAAGCUGUUCUUUUGGGCGCUACCUUCCUUAUUGAUGCCAUGUUCUUUGAGAAACAAGGAAAUCGUGAAUCCGACCGGCCAGGCAUGUUUUAAACAAUACGGCGCUUAAAGAUAAUAAAAAUAUUUAUUGCAAUCAAAACAUAGACACCAGUCGGUGUUAUUUGAUAUUAAAUUUAAAAUUUAUCUCAAUAACAAACCAUUCGAAUGUAUAGAAUACAAAUUUUUUCGAUAUAUUAUGACGUACUAGUCACUUUCAAACCAAAGUAAAAAACAAAAGUGAAUUUAAAAAAUUAUUAUUAAACAGCGAACUUAUGAAUUUAAGGAAAAAAGUUUUUGUUGUCAAUUAAAAUGCUUUGAUCGCUUGUAAAGUGUAAAUUAUUUAUUUAACUAUGCAUUUGAUGUAAGCUGUUCCUUAAUAACAAAUGUAAUGAAUGUAUAUACUCAUGUACAAUAACUAUAAAGAGUUUAGCUAGGCAAAGUACUUGAAAUGUACGAAUUUUUUACUGUUAUUUUUAUAAAUGUACAUUUUUUUUAAUAAUCGUUUAUAAUUAAAUACAUGUUGCCUUAUCGCCAUA